AUGAAUUCUCGAUUUCAGCCUGAGGGACUGACUUUCGACAACAAGGACAAUAAUAACUUUAGCCCCAACUUCGACAAUAACGGACCAAGCUACUCUCGUCCUCAGUCUGACCCGCGACCGGGUCUCUACCCAAUGCAAACCGGCCUCCCUUCUUCAGUCCGGCCAGUCUCACCUCCUCAACAAGUUCAAUAUGCUCCUCAGGGAUACCAGCCCGAAAACGGGUACCCAUCUCAGAAUCCUCAGCCUGAUAACCGCAACCUACCUAUGAACGUGCCGCAACCCUUGAGCAUGCAGCAAGGCAACCAGUACCCUCUCCAGUCUCAACAAACCACUCGGACCAACACCUGGGUCCAGACACCUGCAGGCCCUUACCCCGCUGGGGAUGCAUACUUGCCAGGACCAGUAGAUGCCAACGGUUAUCCUAUCGACUCGAAAGGGAAGCAAGCCGAGAACCCUUUGAAUGACUCUCCACCACCACCUCCCUCUAUGCCGACACCCCCGGCUUCAAUCGACAUUGAGAAGCAGAACCAUGAUGACGGUCACGGGCAUGGGAACGGCUGGGACCACAACUCUAAGCUGCCGCACAGGAAGGACCCAAAUCAGCCGUAUAUGUCCUUUGGUGAGCGACUUCGCCAUUUUACUUGGGCCUGGUACACUCUGACCAUGGCCACGGGAGGUAUCGCCACACUGGUUGCCAUCCAGCCCCAUGCGUUCCCUGGUCUUAUCACCAUCGGUGCCAUCUUCUACAUCAUCAACCUCAUCUUCUUCACGGGUAUCACUGGAACCAUGAUCAUAAGGUUUACUAAAUUCCCUGGGGCUUUCAAGGGCUCUAUCUCGCACGAGCGUGAGGCUCUCUUCUUGGGUCCGUUCUUUCUCUCAAUCGCAACCAUCAUUACUGGAACACAGAAGUACAUCAUCCAGGCUUAUGAGAUAGAUCACCCCAAUCGCGCCUGGGCCGUCACCAGCAUGUCAGUUGCGUUUUGGCUGUACACUUUCUUCGCCUUCUGCCUCGCGGUCUUCCAGUACUCCUACCUUUUCUGCGCACACACCUACAAGUUGACCAGCUUCAUGCCCUCGUGGCUGUUGCCUAUCUUCCCCAUCAUGCUGUCAGGAACCAUUGCUUCGGUUAUCGCAGCUGAUCAGCCGCUUUCAUCCAGAUACCCCAUCAUCGUGGCGGGUCUUGGAUGUCAGGGCCUCGGAUUCACGGUUGCCAUCCUCAUGUAUGCUCACUACAUUGGUCGUCUCAUGCAGGUGGGCUACCCGGACCGUGAGCAUCGUGGGGCCAUGUUCAUUGGUGUUGGUCCGCCUUCCUUUACCUGCUUGGCGUUCAUCGGUAUGGCGAACGCUCUUCCAGAGGACUUUGACCUGCAAGGUGACGGCCUGUUAGACGGCAAGCUGAUUCGUACAUUGGCUAUUGUUGCUGCUUUGUUUCUCUGGGUGUUGGCUAUGUGGUUCUUCAUGAUCGCUCUUGUUGCUGUUAUAAACUCAUGGGCUGUCUACUUCCACUUGGGUUGGUGGGCUAUGGUCUUCCCCAACACUGGAUUCGCCAUUGCCACCAUAUCCAUCGGCAAUGCUUUGAAAGAUGAGACGAUUCUCUUCGUUGGCAACGGUCUGUCUAUCGCCAUCAUUGCGAUGUGGUUCUUCGUGCUAUUCAAUCACGUAAGAUCCGUGAUUGUUGGCGAUAUCUUGUACCCCAUGAGGGACGAGGAUGUCGCAGAUCACUAA